AACAAUAAUGGUAGAUUGGAGGAUGGCCAAUGAGACAGAGAAAAGAGACGGUGCUGUUUAUUUAUCAGAAUGUGUCAACGGAUGCUUGAGAGUGGUGUCAAUGUCGAGCACACAUGGUGCUGGCCUGGCCCGGUAUCCAGACCCAAAGCUCUUCAUAAGGGAUCAGCACCCUGAGUCCCAAGUUUCAUCUUCCAGAGAGAAGGCGGAGGAAGCUGGAAGUUUCUUUAACCCGCAGCUUGCUUCUGAAGAUUCUGCGGGAUGCAUUAGGGUGCGAGUGGUUCCCAUGGAUGUGAAUGGCUUCCCCAGCAAUACUUUCUUAUCUGCCUUGCUCAUCUCUCAUGGACUGGAUGCGCUCUGCCAUUCCUACUCGCCAUUGAUCCACCAGGGGACAGGUUGAAUACCAAGCGAAUUUUGUUUAUGUGGCUUGCGCCCGGUUUCGUCAGCAAGGGACACUAGGUGGAUGUGGGCAACUGUGCCCAGCUGGAUCAAGCCGCAUCGGGACACACGAAAGGCACACGCCUCAAAUAUCUGCCACCGGGCUCAGUUCGCCUCGUGUGUCAUGAGCCACGGCCACGCACAAGGAGAAUGGCGGUGCACCUUCCCAUCCGGUUCACAAAACCUGCAGCCAUCACCUGAGAGUAAUUCACAACCUUCGACACCCACAACAUGAUGAUGGUAAAAUGCCUUUUUUCACUGUGGUAUGCUUGUUUCUUAACCAUCUCCCCUGGGCGCCACUGUAUUUCAUAGGUUCUUAUUGAAAACAUUUUGAAAAACAUGUCACUAAGUUGGUUUUUUUUUUUUUUUCCAUGUCACUAAGUUUUUGAGUGUUGUGUCCUAAUCUCAUUUUCCCCAUAAACCCUGUGGUUUUUACUGUGUGAUUUUGCAUAGUGCAGUGCUAUUUAGGAACCCAUAUGUCACAUUAUAGCAGAACUGACCAUAUUUGUUCCAGUCAUUCGGCAAAAAGUGAAAGUUUUUGUUCUCUCUCUCCCCUUUAAAAUAUGUGUUUCCUGGGUUCGUUAGAACCUCUCCUAGUUCUCAACUAGUUUAACAUAAAAUAACAUUCACCAUCACCCAUACAUUUGGUUUUAUAAAACCAUAGAUCUCUUCAUAUUGAAUAAUCUCAAUAAAUGUUUGUUGAA